AACCAUCUUCUCCCCUGGAACCUACAGGGUAAGUUCGUCAGCUGUGACCGUGUCUUUGUGGAAAAUUGUGGGGCUUAGAAUCUGUGAACAAAUCUUUGUAGCAAAUUAUAAUUUGAAUUGAUAAAGGACUGUAUAUGGGCUUAUGUAAAUAACUUUGACUUCUUCAAAAUAAUUGUUUAGAAUUAUGAUAAAAGAAGUUAUUAAUAAAACAGCUGUAAGUUAUGUUACGUACAGGUAGUUUCUGAAUUCAACAGUUUUCUAAUGGCAUAACUAAAUACGCCGUACUUAUAAAAUUACAGUUAGAUUAUAUAAGGACUAAAACUAUUUUAUUACGUAAUCCUUCAAAAAGCAGCAUAAGCAUUUACAAAAAAAACAAAAAAACAACAAAAAAAAAACAACAACAAAAUUUAAUAUCAGGUAUAUACACAUUUUAUGACUUUGAUAACAUCAUGAAUUUAAAUAUUAAAAUAAAGAACUAAAAUAUUUAUCAGAUCUAUUAAAUUUAAGAAUAUGUUUGUUUAAAAAAAGAAAAAAAAACAACAACGAUAAAGAAUAUUUAUUCUAAGCCAUUUAAGACAAAAUCGUAAGUCAAGGAAGAGCUUGUAGGUUCAUUAAAGGUCUUAAAAUAAUCAUUGAUUAAGCGACAUCAGAGAACUUGGUUUUUAAUUUCGGUAUCAUUAAGACAUAGGGGGAAAAAUAAUACCGAGAGCUAAACUAAGAUUUCAAAAUAGGUUUAAAUUUGUCAACUAUUAUGUUUGUAAUUAGAUUGCAAGCAAUCUGAAACAUCGUUGUAUAUAACUAAUUAUUGAAAUAUAAGUGCACCCUGUUGGAGUUAAGUUUUCAAUACGAUCUCUAUAUAUGAUUUAAACAACAAAUGGUUACAUAUUUUUGGGUCAGUGGGUAAAUUUAUAGUAAGCAACUAAAAAGGAAUACAUUUUACAAUUUCACCGGAAAGGAAGUUUUGUAAAAAACAACAACUCCCAAAGUCAAUUUAAAUAUAGAUAGAAUUAAAUAAAAAAUGAGCAUUGAGAAUUUUUUGGUUAAAUGCUUGUCAGAAAAUAAUGAACAUUUUAAAAUGAUCUGAACAAUAAAAAAGAGAAUUUAAUCGGUUAUAAAUUACGUCAUAGAACAAAUGGAAGACCUUUUUAAAAAAAAAAACAAACCAACAACAACUUGAACCCAGGGGUGGGUAAACUUUGUGUACGUAGGGCCACAUUGACAAAUGAAAAGCUAUUGGAGGGCCGCCUAUGUAUUUUGCCAUAUUUGCAUUACAUUACGAACUUCAAUGACUGUUUAAAAAAAUAGAAAAUUGGAAAUACAUUUUGUAAAAAAAUGGUAAAAUAAUCAUAACGGUUCAUGAAGUUCUGUAACAUUCAAUAAGAUAAUUUAAAAACAAGAUUUUUUUUUGUAACAUCGAUUGCCGGGGCGCAUGUGGCCCGCGGGCCGUAGUUUGCCCACCCCUGCUUUAAUCCAUUCUAGUAUUUAAGAGCUGUGAUAAAUUAUUAUUUUUUUUUUGUUUCCUUACCAUAAAAAAAAGAUAAUUAUUAAUGGCUUAAAUCUUAAUUCAAGACAAUAUCAAACUCAGCGUGAAAUUAAUUUAAUCUGAAACCAGUUUCUUCCAACGUCUUUAGAUAACGAUUAAAUAACACGAUCUUCGACUAAAUGUUUUUCCUGUGUUCCAUGUAAAUCUAUUCUGACGUUUCCCCAUUGAAAGUCUACUCAAAUUUAAAAGAAAAGAUGAUUGUAAAGAAAAAUAAAAUAAAGAUUGUUGGCACCAAUUUUACAGUACAUUAAAAACGAGUUUUGUCCAGCAGAUGGCGCCUCAAGGUAACCUCGUCAUAGCGUCUCUCAUCGUGGUCAUGUCAGUGGUCAGUGGCAAGCCCUUCGCAUCGUCCGAUCAAGAUAAUUAUGGCAAGGACCUGAAGGUAAGUGUUAAGAACCCGAGAGUUGUCUUUUCUUAAGUUGAAAUGGGUUACUGUUCUUUCAUUAAAAAACAAAAAAAUAUGGGUUGUGAACACGCUUCCAAUUGGGAAAAUAUCCUAGCACCCCUUGAUGAUCCUACCACCCCUUGAUGAUCCUACCACCCCUUGAUGAUCCUACCACCCCUUGAUGAUCCUACCACCCCUUGAUGAUCCCACCACCCCUUGAAGAUUAGCUUAAAUAUUCAUGAUCUUUGUGAUAUGUUUGUAAUUAUUAUCAUUUAAAUUAUAAAUUUUACUUUUUUUCAUAUAAGGUAUUUGCGAUAACUGUAAAAAAUCAAACUUGUUAUCACUCAGUCUAAAUGUCUUUCUCCACAUCUCUAGAGUACAUGGACGGUUGCGUUCGUCUUAGGACCAAGUACACCUUAAUUUUAAGAUUUUUGAUCUUAUUCCUUAUUUACGGGCUGGUAGACCAUACUUAAAUACCCCCCCCCCCCAUUUUUGUUAAAUAAAAAACUUUUUCACCCCAUGCAAAAAAAAUCUACACACAUACACACGCAAACACACAUAUACACACAGAGACAAACACAGACAGAGUCGGUUAACUAAUCUAACGUGUUUAUGUCGUUUCAGUCAAACUAUCUAAACCAAUGGACCGGGUGGGGUGAGCAGAGGCCCGUUGAUAAUGGCUGGGGUGUAAAGCCCGUUGACUAUGGCUGGGGUGACAAGAGGCCCGUUGACAAUGGUUGGGGUGUAAGGCCCGUUGACUAUGGCUGGGGUGAGAAGAGGCCCGUUGAAAACUGGAACGGCUGGGGUGAGAAGAAGACUGAUGAAAACUGGAAUGCUAAAGGAGAGCAGAACACAGUUGAAAACUGGAAUGGCUGGGGUGAGAAAAAACCCGUUGACAAUGGCUGGGGUGAGAAGAAACCUGUUGAAAAUUGGAACGGAUGGGGUGAGAAGAAGACAGAUCAAAACUGGAAUGGCUGGGGAGAGAAAAACACUGUUGAAAACUGGAAUGGCUGGGGCGAGAAAAAACCCGUUGACAAUGGCUGGGGAGAUAAGCAACGCGUCGAUUAUGGCUGGGGUGAAAAGACGCCAGUUGGCUAUGGAUGGGGUGAGAAGACUCCCAUUGACAACUGGAAUGGCUGGGGCGAGAAGAACCCUAUUGUAGACUUCGGAAACCUGUGGUCCGGCUGGGGUGACAAACCAGACAGCAAAUUCGACCUGAUCGAUGAUGAGAAAGAGAGACACGUUGCUGUUUUCAUUCAAAUCAUGAAGUCCCUCAUCAACAGAGAGGAAGAGGAUACCAGAUCAUUCUUGGAGCUUUUCAAACAAUUUACCAGGGUAAUAUUUAAUCAUUUAAUGGAGCAAAUAUCAGAUUUUUCAUCAAUUUAUUUUAUAUAGCGAUUUGAUCUCAAAGAUUAGGUAUUUUUUUAUAUUUAUUUUAAUGGAUGAAGUUAACAAAUUGUCACGAAAAGCAAUAUCGGAAUUUUAGAACGUAUUUAAAAAUAAAAGAUGGAUGUAUUAUUUCAACCAUAUACAUUUAUGUAGUAAGAAAAUUUGAAUGGCUGUUUAAAGGUUACUUGGAAGAAAGAGUCCACCAAGGGGUACUCCAGAGAGGAACUGUCCAAGACACAGGUGGCCACCUACGAGAAGAUCUCCUACAAUGAUGAAAGGGAGUGGCUGGACCUCUGUGAUGGCGACGAACCCGACAACGAGUUCCGUUACAAGAAACUCUUCUUGCUGUACGUUAAGUUCAGGUCACACUACCAGGCCCAGAAGCAGUUCGUCGGCGCCAAGGAGUAUCAGACAGAGGUCAGUACGCAAUUCGCGAAGCUUGAGGGGGGGGGGGUUCCCGCAGGCCAGGGCCCUACAUGGGCUGUAGUGUCACUGAUGAUGAUGAUGAUGGGGGGUUCUCGAACAGUGGUAUGAACGUGUUAAUGAUAGAAUGAUUCAAGCACUAUAUAAAUAUUAAAAAAAAAAAAGAAAAUGCUUUUGAAUAAGUCUCACAUAUUUAUAUGAGGAUACGAAUUAAAGAAGUAAAAUAAGUAAAAUCUGACAGCAGAACUCUUGUAAGGUAUGCAAAAGAAACACAUGCUGGAAAUUCUGCUCAAAACAAUAGAAAUGGGUCGAAGAGUAACUUUUUAAGAGGAAGAUUUAAACUAAUUCUAUCACUUGAAUGCAGAGGUAUAUCAAGAAAAAGAGCCGUGGAGCUGUAUGCCCAACCACCCCCUUUUAAAUUAGAUAUUUUAAAUACAUGUCGUCAUGCCAUAUAUUAUAAUGUCAUUUUGUAAUGUAAGUAUUAUAAUGUAACAAUUUUUAACUGCCGUUCCAGGCAAAACAAAAAAUUAAAAUGCAAUGUCGUCAUUAUAUAAAUUGUAAUGUAAGAUUAUAUUUUUUAGUGUAAUGUAAGAUUAUACCAUAUACAUUAACGUAGGAUUGCACUAUAUAUUGUAAUGUAAGAGUAUAUUAUUUCAGAGCUUGAAGGCCAGCAAGCAGUACAUCCUGUACUCCCAACUUGUCACCUUCGCCAAGCAGGUGCAGCACGAAAAAACCGUUGUGAUAUCAUUCUCUCAAGUUGUCGAGGUAAGGACACAUGCAAAUGUAUGUAGGGGAUUUAUUAUUAGAACUAAAACGUGCAGCCUUAAAGAAAAUAUGUAAAAACAAUAAAAAUGUUCCUUUAAAAAUCAAGAAUAAUAGCGUAGUUUAAGUACAUAUUGAAAUAAAUAUUCAUCAACAAUUUCGCCUUACCAAUAAUUUAACCGGACAAGAUAGCUAAUGAAAGCCAUGUGCGAUAAACAGCUUCAUAAUUUGUUUGUGUACAGACCAAAUACAAGACUCACUACAGCUACUUCAAGCAGUGCGCGUUCUACAGCCAGUGCAACAGAUGGACUGACUUCGAUUUUGAUGGAAAAUCUGGGUUUGAUUUCGGCGCCCAAUUUGGAAACGGUAAAAGAAAACGUUUCUCUGUUAGUUUUCUUAUUUCAAACAAUCUGUGACAAAAUUCUUGCAAGGAAUUCUUCAAGUAGCACUGAAAACGCUCCUAAAUUUCUAUAACUGAUAUUGAUUUUUUUUAAAAAGUAGACAAAAUUGAAGAUUUUUAAAACAAAGUCACUAUUACAGUAGAAGGUUAGUGAACAAGCGUAGGCAGUUGUUAAUCUUAUCUGAUUAUUAUAUACUAUAGAAAGUAAGGUUUAGACAAUCCGAUAUGUCACAAUAAUUGUUUAACCCUGGCACCAGUCUUAAGAAUUUUAGAAAAAACUUGACAACCUUAUUUAUACCCUUUGUUCUAAAACAAAAAAAUUCUUGUAACUUGUACAGCCAUUGGAGACAACUACGACAGAGACGCCAGGCACUUUGAGCUCUUCCUGAAGCUCCAGAAGUUCAUCAAGCUUGUCUCCGAGAAAACAUACGACGACGACGACACUUUCAGAACUUUCCACAGCCUAGGCUGGGACGACGAGCGCGACGACUACGACUGGAGGGGCGAGCACCCCGUGUACGGCUACCUGUCGGGCCUCAGAAAACACCUGGACGAACACAAGCCAAACGACUUCAAGAAAUUCUUCGACGACAAAGAGGAGGCCGACAACAAGAACUUGUUCUUUUCGCUUAAGGUAAUCAAACUGUAGAUUUUAACUCUUACGUGAUAUGUAUAUUAAAAACAACACUAUCAACUACUUAUAGUUUUCAAAAGAACUUAAGUUAUAAAGUGUUUUUUUUUUGUUCAGCCUUGCAAUGGAUUUAAGAUAAUAUUUUUAAACAUUAAGUAAUUACAUUUAAUAAAAUUACUACGUUUUUGGUGAAAAUUCGAUUGGGCUUUUUAUUUUUUUAUAUCUAACUCUCCAGGGAUACAAACUACUGCAAGAACAAAAAGAACUCCUAGAGAAGCGAACCCAGAUUGAGCAGGUUUUCGUCAAGUUCUCUAAAUUUUUGCAGUACCAGGAGGAGGUUGAGAACUGCAAGCAGGAGUUCUCCAAGUUUAAAGAAUGGCAGAAGGCCAAGGAAAAGUAAAUCUUGAAAAACUACGAGAACCUUUGGAAAACAACUUCAUUAUAUAUAUAAAAAAAAAAUAUUAUUGGGAUGUUUGAAAAAUUCUCAAUUUUAUCGUUGCUUUUUUUGUGGACAUGAUUUUUCUGAAUUUUAAAGAUGUUUUGAAAUAAUCUAAAGCGAUCUAAUUAUUACGGUUAAAUAAAGAACUCGCUUAAAUUUUUGUUUCCAGCAAAGUGAGAACCGAUGAGUUCUUCUCCUUCCUGAAGCAAGUCUCCGUCUUGAAGGGCUUCUUCACGUCAAAGACCUACUACGGCAAGGACGGCCACGAUAAGAUCUACAACAAGGGAGUCGGAGAGUUUUACUACGGCUACGACAAGUCGGUCCGCCUCUCCUACGACGGCAAGGACAACCGCGGGUUCAACAAGUUCGUAGGCGGCAACGAUUUCGGUAGAAAGGAUUUUGGCGGUGUCUACAAGGGCUUCCCCCUGCAACAUUACGGACCACAGGUGGGUCAUCUGUUUUUUAACCAAUCUUCCACCAAAAGUGGACGUGUUGAUACUCGAUCUCUAUUUAAAGAUACAUAAAUAACCUCCCCUGUUAUAUCGUACUUCUUCUUCUUCUUCUUUCUUCUUUAUUUUGAGGGCCCACCAAUCAUAAAUUGUAUUUAUUAAAAAUAUUUUUUGUCAAAAAGUAUAAAAGUAGUAUCGAUUUUUAAAAAUCCGAUUUCAAAAUAGAAAUUUAUAAUUAUUUAACGAUGUUAAUUUAAUUUUUGAAAAGAACUUAAAAUCGCUCUAUACUUGAUUUACUCAAAUUAUAAUUUCCUUAAUAAUAAAAUAAAAAGCUAAAAAAAUUGUAUUUCAUUAAGAUGCGUAAAAUUUUUCACAUGUCUUUUGUAGGGCUAUGAUUACCAAAGAGAAGACUUCUACAAAAACCAAUUGGCACAGGCAGGCUACUCUAAAGAGAAACUCAACUUCGAUGGCCGUCAUUAGGUAAGUUGUCGUUCUUGGAUGAAAUGACGUUUUUUUCUUUCCGUUGAAAUGCAUGUUCCUCUUCUGUACUGUUGUGGCUAGACACAAGAACAUAUGGUCCACUCAUAAUGUGUCCCCACUUUCAGUUUUUGAAGAAAGAGGGUUGGGGGGGGGUCAAAACCAAAACUUGUAGGCUUGUUAUGUUGUUUAUUACUCAAUGCGUCACAGUGCAUAGCAAGCAAUUAAAUAAAAACUGCAAAUUCAUGUGGGGAAGGACAAAAGCCCGACCCUGCCCUACCCAAAUGAUGUCCCUGGUGUUUUUUCAUGAUACUGGUUUGAUCUGGGACGUUUCUUCGUAAGUUGAAGAGCUUAUCUUAGUGUCAGUUUUAAGACAGUUUUUUUUUAUAAGUUGUUUCAUCAUAAGUGGGUAGUUGCGUCAGCGUCACACUAUGCUUAUUUCAUUUCUUUCUGUGCUUCUUUCUGAUUGGUUGGUAACGGAGGACAAAUUGAUCUGAUUGGUUGGUAACAGAGGACGAUUUCUUUUUCAUUGCACUAAAUCGUUUUAUUUUAAACUCAUCGAGCUAAAGCCCUUCCAACAAAAUUAAUUGACAUUUUUAAUUUGUAAGAGUAGAACUUCUUCUAGGAAUGGAGUUUUAUUUUAACAAAGUUGCUUCAGCAUUUUUAUGAGUGGGUGAUUAAUUAUAGCUUAUAAAUUAUAUAUUAUAAUUUAUAUGUUAUAAAUUAUGUUAUAAAUUAUAUUUUAUAAAUUAUAUGUUAUAAGUUAAAUAUUAUAAAUUAUAUGGUAUAACUUAAAUGUAAUAAAAUAUAUAUUUUAGAAUUAAUUUUUAAUAAAUUAUAUUUUGUAUAAAUUCUAAAUCAUUUUAUCAAUUAUAUGAUAAAAAUUAUAUGUUAUAGACUAUAUUUUUGGGUUGUCGUCUAAUGAAAUACUAUUGUUUCUAUUUGACAGGUUUAUAAAUUGAUGUCGUAGAAGGUCAAGAUUGUGGAAAUGUUACAUAAUAAUAUAGUUUCAACAUUUGUCUGAACUGUACAAUUGAAAGAAAGAUCGUGCAGCACAUUUCAAUGGUGUUGAAAACUUCGAAUAAAUAAACAGAUGUAAUAGAAUCAAUUUAAAAAA